AUGCCAAAUUAUCUUGGUGAUAAUGUGGAAGACUCCAAAAAGGAUGAAGAAGACAAACCUUUUCAGUCUCUCGAUGAAAAUGACAUCGCAGUUUUAAAAAGAUAUGGACAAGGGGCGUAUUCAGAACAGCUAAAACAGCUUGAGAUUGAUAUUGAAGAGUGCGUUAAAAAAGUAAAUGAAUUAUCCGGCGUGAAGGAGAGUGAUACGGGACUUGCCCCGCCUGCUCUUUGGGAUAUUGCUGCUGAUAAGCAAGCAAUGCAGAGUGAACAACCUCUUCAGGUAGCGCGUUGUACUAAAAUAAUUACAAGUGAGGGAAAUGAACCUCGUUAUCUAAUAAACGUAAAACAGUUUGCUAAAUUUGUGGUUGAUCUAGCAGAUACUGUUGCACCUACUGAUAUUGAAGAAGGCAUGCGAGUUGGUGUAGAUCGUAAUAAAUAUCAAAUUCAUCUUCCUUUACCGGCUAAAAUUGAUCCAUCAGUCACAGUUAUGCAGGUUGAAGAAAAGCCUGAUGUGACAUACGCUGAUGUUGGUGGGUGUAAGGAACAAAUCGAAAAACUGAGAGAAGUAGUUGAAACACCUUUGUUACACCCUGAACGUUUUGUUAAUUUGGGUAUUGAACCACCAAAAGGUGUGUUGCUCUACGGACCUCCAGGAACUGGCAAAACUCUUUGUGCUCGUGCUGUUGCAAAUCGAACAGAUGCUUGUUUCAUCAGAGUCAUAGGUUCCGAAUUAGUACAAAAGUAUGUCGGCGAAGGCGCUCGUAUGGUACGAGAACUUUUUGAAAUGGCUCGCAGUAAAAAAGCUUGUUUGAUAUUCUUCGAUGAAAUUGAUGCUGUAGGUGGUGCUAGAUUUGACGAUGGGAUGGGUGGUGAUAAUGAAGUUCAGCGAACUAUGCUUGAAUUGAUUAAUCAGUUAGAUGGUUUCGAUCCUCGUGGAAAUAUCAAAGUAUUGAUGGCAACUAAUCGACCUGAUACACUAGAUCCAGCUCUAGUUCGACCUGGCCGAUUGGACCGGAAAAUAGAAUUUGCCUUACCAGACUUGCCUGGUCGCACACAUAUUUUGAAAAUUCAUGCAAAACAAAUGAGUGUUGAAAGAGAUAUUCGUUAUGAUUUACUUGCACGUCUGUGUCCUAACAGCACUGGUGCUGAAAUUAGAAGUGUGUGUACGGAGGCAGGUAUGUUUGCAAUACGUGCUCGAAGAAAGCUUGCUACAGAGAAAGAUUUCUUGGAAGCUGUGAAUAAAGUGAUCAAAGGUUACGCCAAGUUCAGCGCAACACCGCGUUAUCUAACACAUAAUUGA